AUGAAGUAUGUUUCUCUAUUUUUAUUUUUAUUUUUUCUUAUUAUCAGUAUUUGUUUUUGUGUAAAAGAUAAUGAGCAAAAAGAUAAUGCGUUAUUCUUAAAAGAUAACAAUACAACAGAAUCAACUGUUGUGAAAAAUAAAUUAAUAAAUGAAAUAAAAAAAAAAUCAAAUGAAAUUAGAAAUAUGUAUAAUAAUCUAAAUAUUAAAAAUAAAAAAUUACCUCUUUAUAUAUUUAUAAUUGAUAAAAAUGAAAAAAAAAGACAAAUGUUAAAAGACUUGUUUUUAAAGGGAAAACUUGAUUUUCUUCAAGGGAAUAAUACCCCUUUUUCAAAAUAUUAUAUAUCAAAAAAAAAUAAAAAUAUUUUAGAUAGAAUAACACUCCAAAAUAAAAUUAACGAUGAAGAAAAAUUUUUAAAUAGUUUAAAUAAGGAAGAUAAGAAAAAAUAUAUAAAAAGAAAACUUCAAGAAUAUGAAUAUUUAAGAAAUAACGUUAAUCAAUUAUCUCUAAAUAUAGAAAAUAAAUUUGAUUCUUUGGAAAAAUUAAUGAUGUAUAUAAAGGAAUAA